UCCGUGCGGGGCGCAGCUACUGGAGGCGGCGGGUGGAGCGGAGGCUGCAGCGGCGGAGGACCGGGCCCGAGCCCAGAUCCGGAAGGAAGCUCCUGCACCAUGAAUCCAGCCAUCGGCAUCGCUCUCCUACUGGCAGUGUUACAGGCAUCUCAAGGGCAGAAGGUGACGAGCCUGACGGCCUGCCUGGUGGACCAGAGCCUUCGCCUGGACUGCCGCCAUGAUAACACCACCAGCUUGCCCAUCCAGUACGAGUUCAGCCUGACCCGUGAGAAGAAGAAGCACGUGUUGUAUGGCACGGUGGGCGUGCCUGAGCACAUGUACCGCUCCCGGACCAACUUCACCACCAGGCACAACAUCAAGGUCCUCUACCUUGCCAACUUCACCACCAAGGACGAGGGCACCUACACGUGCGAGCUCCGCCUUUCCGGCCAGCCGCCCACCAUCUCCAAUCAGAACGUCUCUGUGCUCAGGGACAAGCUGGUCAAGUGUGAGGGCAUAAACCUGCUGGCUCAGAACACCUCAUGGCUGCUGCUCCUCCUGCUCUCGCUUUCCCUCCUCCAAGCCACGGAUUUCAUUUCCCUUUGACUGGUUGGGCUGAUGGAGGAUACAGGAAGCCUCCAGGCCCUGUGCAGAGACCCUGCUUCUCUGAGUUGGCUGACCCCCUCCCCUCAGUCCCUCACACAACUUGGGGAGAAGCGGGGACCCCACCCCUUAUGAGAAAUCUCAGUGCUGCAUGCCACCGUCUUCCCUGCCACGCCGCCACUUCCCUCUCCACACACCACUGGCUGUGUUUUUGUACUCUUUCUUCCAGAGCUGCUUCUGUCUGGUUUAUUUAGAGUUUCUCCUUCCUUUCCGUUGGGAGUUGAUGACCAGGGAAGCCAGGGUUGGGGACCUAAUGGCAGUGAGGUCACAUGGCACACAGGAGAUGGCAGUGAGUCACGUGACGCACAGGAGAGGGCAGUGGGGGGAGGGGAGGGGUUAUCCUGGCCCACCAGGGUGAGGGAGAGUCCCCAGGGAUGAGGGGGGGACCGGGGUGUGAGUGGGCCUAGCACAUGCCCAAGAUAGGAAGCAUGCCUUGAGACCCCGAGGCGAAGGGAUCACCAAGCGCUUGUGGCCUGUCACCAGAGGGUAAGGACAGAGUCCCCAAGAGACACAGACCAAAAAAUAAAACCAAAAAAACCCUUCUUGCCACUGCACAAGUCCGUGGGGAGCUUGGGGCAGCCCAGAGGCGGUGAGGCUGCAGCUAAUGGAGGCUGGGGGAGGGGAAGGCCGUCCUGCUCACCCAUGCUAAACAUCAGCCCCCCUCGCUGAGGAUGGGGCAGGGGACCAGCCCCCGCCCCGGCAGUCCCAAGCUUCAGAACUCUGUAAGUGGGGGAGUCCCAUAGCUAUACAGCUGUACCCCGGUUUCUAAGGGAGGCUCUUCCUUCCCCUGCCCUGUAAUGCCUGCACUCUGGCUGGGCCUGAGUCCUACACAGCUCUGCCCCGCAGCCUGCCUCUGGGGGCUCUGAGGGACCCCAGGGCCAUGCACCCCUCUGGAGAUUGCUUUUCCAAACCCUUCCUUUCCUCUCCCCCCCCCCCGCAGCGGCUCUGCCUGCCCUUUGCCCACGUGUGCUGCCCCACAGCUUCUAGCAUCUCAUUGAGGAAAAAGAAAACCACACAAUAA